AUGUACUUCCGCUCGCAAAAGGGCCUCACCGGGCUGAGCGACGUCUACAUCACGGCUUCACCACGGUCAGCUCCCACGGGGCAGUUCUUACCCAUUUCAGAGGAGGAGGGGAAAGCUGGAGGAGGAAUCCACUCACGAGGUACCUCUGGAAAGCAAGGAUUGACCAUGCCCUCAGAGCAGUAUGUUCAAAAUGGUUUCUGUGAACACUAUUCUAACAGCCAAACUCCCGAGAGGGGCGCCCCUGGAGCCCUCCUCCGCGCCCGGGAGCCCCGGAGGAGCCUCCCGGGCAUCCAGGCGCCGCGUCCCCGUCUGACACCUCUCGGUGCUGAACUCCGCGGCGGCCGCGAGCCUCCCGCCGUGCCUCACCUCUGCUCGCCGAAAGCAUCCUUCUCCGCAGCCGCAGCCGCUCAGGAAGCGGCUCCCCAUGCCCGGCGGGCGGCGGCACUCAGGCGCGCUCUCCAGCCCGGGAAAGCCCGGGCGAUCGCCGAGCUGGGUCCAUCCUCCCUGGGAGCCACGGGCCCCGCGUCAGAGCAGGGGGAGGAGACCGCCCCGCGCGCAGACCCGCCUCCUCCCGCGCCCCCGCCCCGCCGGCCCCGAGCCCGCCAAGCGCCGCUCACCUGCCCGCUCCCCGGACGCCGCCGCCGCCGCCGCCUCCUGGCUGCCCGCCGCGCGCCCUGGCUUCACGCUCCCUCCCGAAUGUUCUGUGCGCCGCCCGAGCGCGCUCCGAAAGCUUCGCGGAGUCGAGGUGGUGACGAGGAGGAGGAAGAGCGAGCGAGCGGGGGCGCCGCGGUUCGCAGUCGAGCCUCUGGAGGCCUGGCGCUCACUCCCCAUCCCGGGGUAGAAGGGGGAGAGCUGAGCCCAGAGCGCUGGGUCCCCGCCCCGGCUACGUGGGCGGAGAGGGGGCGUGGGGGCGAGAUGGGGUAA